UCCCGCCUCUUCCCACCGGCGUUCAGUCGUGAAGCGGAUUGAACGAGCGGCUCUUCCUCUGUGGCGCAGGACUAUGCGGGCAGGGACAUAAGGGCUGCGAUUUCAGCUGAAAAUACGUUCAAACACACACCGGGAGAGCUGCAGAGAGAGGAACCUCCAGCGGGGAAGACCGGGGAGAGUUUACAGCGGGUACGGAGCGGAGGGAGACUCGGGAGCACGGCAGGAGGAGGAGGAGGAGGAGAAGUGGGGGGACGGACGCUGUCUGUCUGAAUCCGACCGAAAUACCACGCAGAAAUGGCGGAGCACCACGCAGCCAGCGACGGCAAGCACAAAGCGUCCAGUAAUUCCGGGAGCUCGGUCCACGGGAACAGCCGAGCGGGCGCUGGAGGCGGAGGAGCAGGGGGCAAAGGAGGCCUCUCUGGCGGGCUGACACAGCCGGCCGGGUGGCAGUCUCUACUCUCCUUCAGUAUUCUGUUUCUGGCCUGCCUCGCUGGAUUCAGCUCCAGACUUUUCGCUGUGAUCCGCUUCGAGAGCAUCAUCCACGAGUUUGAUCCAUGGUUCAACUACAGAUCAACGCACCAUCUCACCACAAAUGGCUUCUACGAGUUCCUCAACUGGUUUGAUGAAAGGGCCUGGUACCCCCUGGGCAGGAUUGUUGGAGGAACAGUAUACCCAGGGCUAAUGGUGACCGCUGGCCUCAUCCACUAUGUGCUCAACCUGCUCCAUAUCACGGUGCACAUCCGCGACGUAUGUGUAUUCCUGGCGCCCGUGUUCAGCGGCCUGACGGCCAUCUCCACCUUCCUGCUGACACGGGAGCUGUGGAACCAGGGCGCCGGGCUGCUGGCAGCCUGCUUCAUCGCCAUCGUUCCAGGCUACAUCUCCCGCUCUGUGGCCGGUUCUUUCGACAAUGAAGGGAUCGCCAUCUUUGCCCUGCAGUUCACCUACUACCUCUGGGUGAAAUCUGUGAAGACUGGCUCAGUGUUCUGGACCAUUGGCUGCUGUCUUUCCUACUUCUACAUGGUGUCGGCAUGGGGGGGUUAUGUGUUUAUCAUCAACCUGAUUCCGCUCCAUGUGUUUGUCCUCCUGUUGAUGCAACGCUACAGCAGAAGAGUCUACAUCGCUUACAGCACUUUUUACAUCGUGGGCCUCAUACUGUCGAUGCAGAUCCCUUUUGUCGGGUUCCAGCCAAUCAGGACCAGCGAACACAUGGCUGCUGCAGGUGUGUUUGCACUCCUCCAAGCCUACGCCUUCCUGCAGUACCUGAAGGACAGACUCACCAGACAGGAGUUUCAGACGCUCUUCUUCCUGGGGAUCUCUCUUGCUGCCUGUGUCGUCUUCCUCACAGUCAUCUAUCUCACCUACACAGGAUACAUUGCUCCAUGGAGUGGCCGCUUCUACUCGCUUUGGGACACCGGAUAUGCCAAGAUCCACAUCCCCAUCAUUGCAUCUGUGUCGGAGCACCAGCCGACCACGUGGGUGUCCUUCUUCUUUGAUCUGCACAUCCUGGUCUGCACCUUCCCAGCAGGCCUUUGGUUCUGCAUCAAGAACAUCAAUGAUGAGCGCGUGUUUGUGGCUCUGUAUGCCAUCAGCGCUGUGUACUUUGCCGGUGUGAUGGUGCGGCUCAUGCUGACCCUGACUCCGGUGGUGUGCAUGCUGUCUGCCGUGGCCUUCUCCAGCGUUUUUGAGCAUUACAUGGGAGACGACACCAAGAGGGAAAAGCCUCCUGCUGAAGACAGCAGCGACGAGGACGACAAGAGGAAUUCUGGGAAUCUUUAUGAUAAGGCAGGCAAGGUGCGCAAGCAUGUGUCUGAGCAGGAGAAGGCGGAAGAGGGUCUGGGUCCCAACAUCAAGUCCAUCGUCACCAUGCUGAUGCUGAUGCUGCUGAUGAUGUUUGCCGUCCACUGCACCUGGGUGACCAGCAACGCCUACUCCAGUCCCAGCGUUGUGCUGGCGUCAUACAACCAUGACGGGACUCGAAACAUCCUGGAUGAUUUCCGGGAGGCUUAUUACUGGCUGAGACAGAACACCGACGAACAUGCACGUGUGAUGUCUUGGUGGGACUAUGGCUACCAGAUAGCCGGCAUGGCUAACAGGACCACCCUGGUGGACAACAACACAUGGAAUAAUAGUCACAUAGCGCUGGUGGGGAAGGCCAUGUCUUCCAAUGAGAGCGCAGCCUAUGAGAUUAUGAGGUCACUGGAUGUGGAUUACGUGCUGAUCAUCUUCGGAGGAGUAAUCGGCUACUCUGGCGAUGAUAUAAACAAGUUCCUGUGGAUGGUGAGGAUCGCUGAAGGGGAGCACCCCAAAGACAUCAGGGAGAGUGACUACUUCACUCCUCAGGGAGAGUUUAGAGUGGACAAGGCCGGCUCACCGACUCUGCUCAACUGCCUCAUGUACAAGAUGUCGUACUAUCGAUUUGGCGAGAUGCAGCUGGAUUUCAGAACCCCACCUGGCUUUGACCGAACGCGCAACGCUGAGAUCGGCAACAAGGACAUUAAGUUCAAGCACCUGGAGGAGGCAUUUACCUCUGAGCACUGGCUUGUCAGGAUCUACAAGGUGAAGGAACUGGACAAUAGGGAGACACUGGACCACAAGAUCCGCAGCGUGGUGACCAAGCAGAAGUACACCUCCAAGAAGACUGCGAAGAGGAAGCGAGGACACAUCAAGAACAAGCUGGUCCUGAAGAAGGGCAAGAAACUCCCCAAAAAAUAAAGAUGGCUCUGAACUCACACGAACGUAAAGAAACCUCCAACAACCAAUGAUGAAGAACACAAGGGGCGGCCAGGUGCCUGGCACUUGGUCAGGAGCGCUUCUCGUUAAUACGCCCUUGUUUAUCGAGGGAGCGUCAUAUCCGGCCUGACCAGAAUCGUUGUCCGUUUUAUCCUGAGGACUUCUGUCUUGCUUUUUUUUGUUUGUUUGUUUUUGUUUGUUUUCUGUUUGUUUUCUACUUUUUACUUGAAUGUGGCGAGGCAUAGGGCGGCUCUGAUUGAUUAAAAAUCUUUUUUGUGUGUGUGUGUGUGAGUGUGUGCGUGUGUUUAAAGGGGUUGUUAAUGACUUGAUUAUUAGUCAGGAGAUAGUGUGAUCCAUUGGAAGAUGAGGAACGUUUGCACCAAAGACCCAUCAACCUGGCUCCAUAGCACAUGGGAAGUCAUUGCUAAGAGCGAGGGAAACGCCGGAAUGAAAGCUGAGGAACUUGUUCCUGACGCGUGUACAGAGAACAGUAUGCGGUAUGGAGGAACGCCACCGUCUACACACAGCACAUCUGUAAUAUUAACCUUUUUACCAUCCUCAUCUCCUUAACGUCUGGCUGGCUCUUUUGUUCUCCACAGAUUCUCUAACCAAUUGGCCUAAUAUGUAAAUACCUUCUGUAAAGACACAAAAAAGCUCUAAAAUGAUGGUAAUAUAUUGGAUCAUUGUGAUUUUUAAAUGCAAAUUUCUUGGUUUUUCUUUGUCUUUUUUAUAGGACAGCAAGUAGAACAGUGAAUGCAAUAAUCAUACACAAGAGUGGGGGGGGUACUUCAGAUCAUGUUGGAAGAACGAAUUUGAAUGUUAGAUUUUUUAACAUCUCCCCUCUUUUAUUCCACAGCUUGCAUUGACUGUACAUUUCUGUUUGGGUUUUUAAGGCGGAAGCAAGAAAACGUAAACAAAUAAACAAAAAAAAAUAGGUAGUGAUUUCAAAUUAGGCCUUCAGGGGGAGCUCUUGAUUGAGUAAAGCCUAGUUAUAUCGCCGAACUCUAACUUGCCGUUUACGAUUUGUUUUUGUUUGUUUUUUUUGCUCGUCAUGCAUCUGCUGCUGACCACACAUAGUGAUGACUUUGUUUUUUAAAUCUGGAAAUCAACCUUAAUGUGAAAUAGGUUUUUGGUGUAGACUGGACGAAGACGGAUGUCUGAGUAGAUGGAGUGACAUUCUAUAAACCAGGAGGGGAAAAUUAUUGACAGAGCUGUGUCCUAAUACUAUGCUGCAUACUUAUCCUCAGCGUCGAUGUUGGAUUACAUCAGAUGGGCAAAAAGAGGAGAUAACUGUUCCACAAAGUCUUUGGGGGUUGUUGUUUUUUUUCCAGUAAAAUAUUUGUAGAACGAAAUAAAAUCCUUUUCCAUCAUAAAAUCAUAACUUGCAGGAAAAUUUGUUUUUUGUGAAUGUAAACGAAAAUUCAAGGGCAAUUUUAGACAAAUGCAUAAAUCAUUCUUUUAUUUGUAAUCAUUCUUCUGCGGCUGAGGAAAUUUGUAAAAAGUAAAUAAAAUGAUGUAAAAAGAGGAUAGAUUUUGAGAAUUUAUUUCACCAAACCUUCUGAAUUACCAGUGAUAAAUCUUUUUCAGCAUUACAGUAUUCAAACCUUCAUGUUUCUGAGCAACUUUUCUUGCAUGAUUAACUGUAAUUCUGAUUAUAUACAAAGUUUUAUAUAUAAGUGUUUGAGGUUGGAAGAGCCCCUCAUCAUCACCCUAAUCUUAAACUCCCACCACAGAUUAUCUAAUUAAAGUCUGGACUUUGCUUCAACCACUGAGAACAUUUUCACAUCUAAAUAACCCUGCUGGACAAAACUGCAGCUCCCAGAAUGCAUCAUUCCCCCCCAAACCAGCACAACCUGCUUCAUGUUAACACACCAUGAUGGAAUGUUGCAAAUUAACCGAAGGAGAGUUAAAUUAUUUGUACCUUAUAAACUAUGCACAUUAUGCACUCUCUGUUUGGUUUAGAGGAAUAUUCGUCACAGCAGAGGCUAAUUAUUAGGGCUUAAAAUGCAAAAAGACGGUUUAGAAAGUUAUGUUGACAUUAGUAAAAAUUUCUCACUGACAGGUGAUGCUAUAAUGUAAAGAAAAAACCUGAUAAAUUUGCGCAGACAAACAGUGGAUAGCAGAGAUUCAGCCCUAGCCUUUCCAGAAACUGUCCUCUUCUGUCAGCUGUCUUCUGUUUCCUGAAGUUUUUUGUUUUUUCCCCCUAAAAGAAACUUUUUUAGUUGGCUGAGGAUAAAUCUGCUCUCUUCACAGUUUUAAAUCUUUGCAUCUCCUUCAUUUGCUGAGUUGAUGGCCUUAAGUUAUACCUACCUACUCAGUUUUGGCCAAAAACUGUCCCCUAAUGGAUCCGUUUUGCCCUGAUCUUUCCAUUAACAGGAUAAUUUUAAAAUAAAUUUCAUAUAAAGUAAAUCUACAUGUAUUUGGAUAUAUAUGUGUAAAGGAGGUUGAAUGAAAAAGCACAACAGACUUUAAGCAUUUAAGAGACAUUUUAAAACCUACCAUCACUGCUCUGUGUUGAUCAUUAUUUAUUUUAGCCAAGCAGACAACAAACAGGUGUAGAAUUAUAACAGUUUUCCACUGAAUCAAUAAAGAAAGAUGCAUCAGCUGGAUUGUGCCGUACGGCUUUGGGACACAGCUCUGACCCUGCACUGUUUGCUCAUGUCGACAAAAACUGAAAGGGGGAUUUAUGCACGCUUUGGGAACGUUUUUCUGUUUUCUUUCAAACCAGAGACACUCUCCUGUCUUUGCUUUGUUCCAUCACACAGAAAUUAACUUUUUUUUUUUUAUGUUUCUGAAUCAGUUUGUUGAUUUUUCUGACUGUUAUCAUCAGAGGCUUUAGGCUGCUGGAACGGGGACAUUUGGACGCGUCGUUGCACUCUACCUGUCCUUUGGGGUCACCUUUGUAAAGAGAGGACAGAGUUCAGAUUAAGCCUUAAUGUGAUGUAAUUUUACUUUUCCUUAUGUGAUCAUUUUUCCUUAAAUCUUCUUAAAUUGUUGCUUUUUUUUUUGGCUCUGUGCGGUUCUUCCUGGACUCUUUUCGUUCGAUGCAGUCUCCAACUUGUCCCUGCUCACCUUCAGAGUUUACAUCUUGUUCAGUUGUGCCACCUCUAAAUAUACUCCUAAAGGAAGACAGC